CACAACCACACCUCCUCUGCCCUUGUUGUGCUGUUGUGCUGUGCAGAGAUCCCAACAACACCACCUUGUUGUCGCACCCCCCACUCUUUCCUCUAUCGUCCAUUCCAGUGUUGCCUGUGGUUGGUUAUCAUUGGCCAAACCAAGCCAAGCACCGCUUUCCCUGCCCCCCUGCCUUCCUUUCUGGACAACCGGCAGGAUGAGGUGCGCGCUGUGCCGCGCGAAAUCGCGUGGCGUCACGAAAACGCUGUGCCAAGACUGCUACUUCAUCAAGGAGGCAUUCCAGCGCCAUGGCUCACACACCAUGCGGCGUGCAAUCCGACAAAGCAUCAAGGACAUCACGGCGCCUCCUUCUUCAACAUCUGGAACACCACACGCACGCCCUCACCCGCAGCCACGACAGGCGUUCAUGGACCCGGCCGAGGACCACGCCGUUGUGCCAGCACAGCGGGCCACCGUGUCCUCUGCCGCUACAGCUGCCGUUGCACGCGAUGACGCCCGCAUCAACCCGGUGGGCGACAGGUCACGGCGAGCGCAGACGCUGUCCCCAGCAAGCAGCGGCCAGUACGUGCCGAGCGUUGGUGCCGGGUCAACACCCAAGCGAACAACGCCACAGUCUGGCAUGUCGCCGUCCAUCACCCCGACGCCUGGCUCGCGUGGCGAAAAGGCGUCCUUCCUCGAUAUGCCCACGCCCAACUUCACGCCCAUCGGCUCUCCGGCCACCGCCAGGGCGGCAAUCCGCAAGACGGACUCUGUUGUUGUGAAGCGCGGCACAAGCUCGCCCGUCACCGUGGAGCGGGAGGUUGUGGCCGAGCCGGAGGAAUACAUUGCCAAGCACACGUUCAGGGCAACACAGCCCAUGCAGCUGUCGGUGAACAAAGGCGACGUUGUUGUGGUGACCAGCAAGCUCAAGAGCGGGUGGUGGCAGGCCACGCUGCAAGACGGCACGAGCGGCUGGCUGCCCGGCAGCUACCUCAAGCCCGCAGACGAGGUGCUGAAGGAGACGCUUGCCUCUGCACAGAACACGCAGUCGCCCCCACACCGAAAGGGCAAAGCCGAGACGAAGGGCGCAGCGCAGCAGCCAGAGAAGGAAGGUGGCAGCGUGGCGUCCUCGCCCUCGUCUCCCACGGGCAAACCCAAGCGCAGCGCGUCUGUGUCUGACUCGCACGACCUGUACGUGAUCAAGCAUCCGUUUGAGGCGCGCAGAGAGAAGCAGCUCUCGCUUCCGCGCCGCGGGUUUGUAUUUGUCCGCGCGCGCAAGCAGAGCGGGUGGUGGCUCGGUGAUCUCCUGGGCAAUGACGGCAAGACUGUGCUUGCCUCGGGCUGGUUUCCGGCAGGGUAUGUGACCAAGGCUGAGGACCCAGCCACCCGCACCGUCGUUCUUCGCAAGGAGCCAGGCCAGCGUCUUGGCAUCGGCCUCACUGGCGGCAAGGACUCCGUGACGGGCCACUUCUCCAUCUUCAUUGGGCAGGUGCUCGGCAACUCCAUUGCUGGCCGAAACGGACAGCUCAAGUGCGGCGACCUCAUCCUCUCCGUCAACGGAGCGUCGUUGGACGGGCGCAGCAAGCAGGAAGCGCUGAAGCUGCUUGACACGCUGGACGACGAAGUCACGUUUGUUGUCCGCCACGAUGACGCCAUGCGCGAGUAUCUCGAGAACCAGCAGCAGUCGCGCCGCGCUAGCGAGCUCAAACUCAACGUGCCGCCAGCUGAAGAGCAACAGCAGGAGCAGGAGCAACAACAGGGCAAGGAGAGUGAUGGUGUCGGCGCUGAGAAAGAGUCGGCCGUCAAUGGUGCACCCGCCACGUCGCCGUCGCCAAAGGUCGAGGUGCGCAUGCGAAACCUGCGCUCAGCGCGUGCCGUGUCUGAGGGUGGCCGCCCCAAGACGGUAGACUUCAGCAUGCAGCCUGUGCAACCACGGCAGAAGCCCGUACAGGAGAUGCAAGUUCUGCUCACCAAAGACAGGGGUGCUCCACUUGGGUUUGGUGUUGCUGGUGGCAUGGACCCCAGCGGAAACUCAAAGCCAAUCACCAUCCGCCGACUUGCGCCCAACAGCGCAGCGCAGCGUGCAGGGCUGCUCGUGAAAGACGUAAUCCAGUCCAUAAACGGCGUCUCCUUUGCCAAUUCAACACACGCCGACGCCGUGGCAGCACUCAAGGACCUUGCCCAGCAAGAGGAGCUUGAGUUUACGGUACAGCGGCGUGUGCGGUCGCGCACGCGGCAUGAGACGUGGUCGUAUGCGCCGUCGGCCUCCCGCCCGCGCGCAAGGAAGGGCAAGGAGGAGCAGCUCAGGCGCGACGAGGCCGAGUUUGAGCGAAGAUGGAGCCAGCACGAGGACUCGCUGGUGUCGCGCGAAUCACUGCUUGAAGCGCAGCGUGAGGCCGUUCGUCGGGAGAAGGCCCGCAGUAUGUCGGGCUCCUCUCUCGGCUCAACAGCCACCGCAGCCACAGCCGCAAGCAAUGCAACUAGCCCUGCUCAGGAGGUGCAGCUGCGCACGAAACGUGGCCGCAGCGGCGUGGAUGCCGCCUCCCUCAGUGGCGCUGUGCUCUCGGGUUCAACGGACGUGUUUUCCCAGGACGACGACAAUAACGCAGAGGCAAUCAGCGAAGAGCCAGAGCAGGCAUCAGAAGCAAAAGCAAAGGAUCAGAAGACUGAUGGCCCGCAAGAAGCAGCCUUAGCACCACCAACAUCAUCAUCGCCAGCAGCGGUUGAAGAAGGGGAAAGCAAGGAAAAGGAAGACGAGGAAGAGGCAGAGCAAGAUGCUUCCGCGUAUGGCUUUGCUGAGGAUGGCAAUGCCGACGAAGGAGACGGGAACGAAGCAGCAGCGAAAGAGGACGCGCCCAAGAGUGAAGAGGACGUGAGCACGGGAGAAGCAGAAAGCAAGAGAGAGGAGGACGCUGCUGCGCGGACGGCAAUUGCUGUUGCCGCGUCAGAGGCAAGCGGUGAGGGUGAGGGUGGGGGUGUGAGUGAGGCGCUCAAGGCCGGGGACGUGUCCCUGCCCACGGAUGCACCGCCGCCACUGCCAGAGAGCGACAGCCAAGAUGUUGAGCAGGGCCAACCUGAUGACAGCACAGGGCAGCUGGACUUGACGCUGCCAUCGGACGCGCCGCCACCUCUGCCUCCAGUCAACGACGAGAGUGAGCAGGACAAGGAAGACGAGCCCGUGGGCAGUGCUGAGCAGACUGCUGAUCAGCCGCAUAUGCGCGAGGAAGAGACUGUGGAGGUUCAAAAUGAGGAAGAGGAGCGCGAUUUGGAACUCCCCGCACCGCCGGCCAUCCCUGCCGAGGCACCGCCACCACUGCCACAGGAGGAGGAAGAGGAGGAAGAGAAGGAAGAGGAGGAAGAGGCACAGGAAGAAAAGGCGCAGCAGCAGCAGCAGCAGCAAGAGCAAGAGCAGCAGCAAGAGCAAGAGGAGAAGCAAGAGCAGCAAGGGCAGCAAGAGGAGCUUGUUGCAUCGCCGCCUGUCCCUGCCGAGGCGCCACCACCGCUGCCACAGGAGGAGGAAGAGGAGAAAGUGGCGGAGGAGCAAACAAGUGACUCGCAGCCAGCCGACGCGGAAGAAGCACAAGAGACUGACGUGCCAGAGCUGCCAGCUGAGGCGCCGCCUGCACUGCCGGAGAGCAACGACAAUGAGCAGGAGCACAAGGAGGGAGAGGAGGAGGAGGAACAAGAUGAGCAGCAGCAGCAGCAGCAGCAUCAGCCACGGGAGGAAGAGGAGCAGCAGCUAGAGGAGGCAACUGAUGAGACGCCUGCUGAGGAGCCAACACCACCGCUUCCAGAUCACGCACCGCCGCCGCUCCCCGCAGAUGAACCGCCCGUGUUGCCUGAUGACGCUGCUGAAGACCCAGCUGAGCAACAGGCGGAGGAGACAGUGGAGGAGAGAACAGACGAGGAAGACCACUCUGCAGUACCUGUGCCGCCUUUGCCAGCGCAAGCACCGCCCCCGCUUCCCCAGGAUGAUGCCCCACAGGCUCAGCCAGAAGAAGAGGAAGAGGAAGAGAAUGAGGAAGAGAAUGAGGAAGAGAAUGAGGAAGAGAAUGAGGAAGAGAAGGAGGAAGAGCAGGCGGCAGUUGGUCACCAGCAGCAAGAAGAGGAGGAGACAGUUGCCCAGCAGUCACAGUCUGCUGCUGAUGACGUGGCAGCGCAAGCGGCGGAAGCACCACCUGCAAGUGACGUGACGUCACCUGUGCCACCUGUACCGGCCGAAGCACCGCCACCACUGCCACCGAGCGUGGAGAAGGAGGAGGAGAAGGAGGAAGAGGAGGAGGAAGAGGAGGAGGAGGAGGAAGAAGAAAAGGAGGCACAGGCAACAGCGGCGCAGGGUGAGGACAAGGUGGGCAUCGAAGCACGAGACCACGAGCAGAGCGACGGCGAAGCUGAUGGCACACAGCAAGCGACCCAGGGGGCUGAUGCGCAAGAGUUGCCAGCACCACCUCUGCCUGCAGAGGCGCCGCCACCACUGCCUCAAGCUGCCGAUGAAGAUGAGAAGGGUAGCGAAGCUGAGGACGAUCGCGAAGAGAGUGAGGUGCCAGAGCUGCCAGCUGAGGCGCCACCUGCACUGCCGGAGAGCAACGACAAUGAGCAGGAGCACAAGGAGGGAGAGGAGGAGGAGGAACAAGAUGAGCAGCAGCAGCAGCAGCAUCAGCCACGGGAGGAAGAGGAGCAGCAGCUAGAGGAGGCAACUGAUGAGACGCCUGCUGAGGAGCCAACACCACCGCUUCCAGAUCACGCACCGCCGCCGCUCCCCGCAGAUGAACCGCCCGUGUUGCCUGAUGACGCUGCUGAAGACCCAGCUGAGCAACAGGCGGAGGAGACAGCGGAGGAGACAGCGGAGGAGCAAGCAGACGAGGAAGACCACUCUGCAGUACCUGUGCCGCCUUUGCCAGCGCAAGCACCGCCCCCGCUUCCCCAGGAUGAUGCCUCACAGGCUCAGCCAGAAGAAGAGGAAGAGGAGGAGAAGAAGGAGGAUCUGAAGCCGCAGCAAGAGGAGAAGAAGCAAAAGGAGACGCAGCAGGAGGCAAAGGAACAUGAGGAGCAGCAGCAUGAUGACAGCUCUGCCCAUGUGAACGGCGGCACUGUGACGUCGGCGAGUGCACCAGAUGUACCCCAGCAUGUUGAAGGUGGCGACAAGGCCUCGUUAUCUGCUGGUGUUACGUCUUCGUCGCCACCACCUUCUUCGCCCAUGUCCUCUGUGCCAGCGACGCCUGGUGCCGGUGACAGCGCCGUGGCGUCCCCUCGUUCGCGGCUGAGCAAAGAGGAGCGGGAAGCGCGGCGCAAGGCGCGCCAGGAGGAAGUGCGCAGGCGAGCAGCCGCCUUUGUCCAGUGA